AGAGAACAUGCUCACCUGAUACCAAACUGGGUGAACAUCGUGUCGUGUCUUGCACUAGCUGGGCUCUUUUGGUAUCUGUAUAAAUUCAAAUGGCUCAAAGAUGAGAUCGCUGCAAACCCUCUUCCCGCCAACAUGCGCGGCAUGCCGGACGCAGCUCCAAAUCAUACGAACGACCACUCGAGCACCACGCAUAGCUCGCCGCGCAUAUACCAGACCCGCGUUCGCCCCGAAGCCUGCAAUCGACAUCAAGCACAUUCGCCAAAAUCCUGGCUUGUACGAACAGAACUGCAUCGACCGCAACUACGCGGCGCACAGCAAAUCUUCGUGGCGCAUCAUCGAGCUCCACGAACAAUGGCUUGCGCUCCAACAAAAUGCCCGCCAUCUGAGGGAAAGGAACAACCAAAUACGUGGGCAGCUGAAGGCAAACUCGCACAGCGCAGGCGAGGGAGAGGGACAGUCAAGAGAAUUGCUCAUCGACGAAGCGAAGGCGUUGAAAGCUGAGAUUGGAACCAUCGAGGCAAAGGAAGUGGUGCUACAAGAAGAGAUUGACAACCUCGCUCAGGACCUGCCGAACUUGAGCAGCACAGAUACGCCCGUUGGCACCGAGCCGCAACUCCUCGAAUACAUCAAUGACCAUCCCGAGCCCGAGCCUUCGCAGUCAGACCGCGUCUGGAGAUCGCAUGUACACAUUGGCUCAGAGCUUGGCAUACUGGACUUUGCGGCCUCGGCGCAGACAUCAGGAUGGGGCUGGUACUUCCUGGUGGGCGAUGCGGCGAUGCUGGAGCAGGCGCUUGUGCAGUACGCGCUCACUGUUGCAAGGAAUCGGGGCUGGAAAGCCGUGGCACCACCAUCGCUGGUAUACUCGCACGUUGCGUCCGCGUGCGGGUUCCAGCCACGGGAUCAGAACGGUGAACAACAGGUGUAUGCAAUCGAGCAAUCGGAGAAGGACCAGGCGAAGCCGCAGCUGGUACUCGCGGGUACUGCUGAGAUACCACUCGCUGGCAUGAAAGCCAACCAGACUUUUGAAGACGUCGAACUUCCACUUAAGACGGUUGGCGUCUCACGAUGCUACCGCGCCGAAGCGGGUGCCCGCGGUAUCGAUACGAAGGGGCUUUACCGCGUCCACGAGUUCACCAAGGUGGAGAUGUUCGCAUGGACGCUGCCAGACACCAACGAGCAGGAACAUUUCGCCGCCGACACACCCUCGAACUCCAAAACGAUCUUUGAAGAAAUGUUGUCUAUUCAAAAAGAGAUCCUACAGAGCCUCGGCCUGCACUGCCGCGUCCUGGAGAUGCCUACCACCGAUCUCGGCGCCAGCGCUACCAGAAAGAUUGACAUCGAGGCCUUUUUCCCCUCAAGGCGCGAAAAGCACGAAGGGUGGGGUGAGGUCACGUCUACAUCCAUGUGCACUGACUACCAGAGCCGACGGCUUCACACCAGGGUUCGCUUGGGAAAGACCGGCGGCAAGCUCGAGUUCCCGUACACACUCAACGGUACGGCUCUCGCUGUUCCUCGCGUGCUAGCAGCCAUACUGGAGAACUCGUGGAAUGAACAUGACUACUCUGUGACCAUACCGGAGGUACUGCGGCCAUUCAUGGGAGGGCAAGAGAUGAUUCAGGGUCACAAAAUUCAUGGGACCGGCAACUAUUGAGGUCAUAAAAGCUGCUGUCAUGUGUAAGCUUGUUUGAGUAGCGUUCUGUACAUUGUGUAUCCAAUAAGCUAAUUGUAUAUAUCCGUUUACGGAAAUCCGUCACGAGUUUGUUUUAUUCAGUGUACAAUGGGAAAGACAGUCAUUAAAGAGGCAUUUGCAACCUGCUGGUGGUAUCCUUUCCCAGGGAAUGCCACUGAGCCAUUGGUCCCCCA